CGGCAGCGAGUCCCGGAAGCGGAACUUGAAGGCUCUCCCGUCGCACCCCGCGCGUUCCCACAGUGCUCCGCGAAUGCCGCUAUGGAGGCCGGCAGGACAGCGGUUCUUCGCGUGAAGCGGAAGCGCAGCGCAGAGCCGGCCGAAGCCCUUGUUCUCUCCUGCAAACGCCUUCGGAGCAGCGCAGUCGAGUCGGCGGCCCAAAAGACAGUCCCCGAGGAUCCCGAGAGAGGGCCGGAGAAUAAUGUCUUCCAAUUGGUGGCCACCGUGCGCUCCCAGGAGGAGCCAGUCCAGGCGCUCGUUCGAGCCGCCCUGCGCCCUUCCCGGGGCAGCCAGCAGCGUAUCCGCCGCGACCUCCGCGCUUCGGCUCGGGAGAACCGGCAGGAGGGUCGCUACCGGGUGAUUUCUAGCCGCAGAUCCUCAGGGAUUCCCUCAGGUGGCCUGGAGUCCGAAGACCCACCGGGAAACCCAGAAGCCGCCGAGGACGCGAGCUUUCAGCUGUUCGACCUGGUCCACGAGGAAGAAGACGACCCAGAAGCCGUCGCCACCGCAGGCUCCUCCAAAACAUCUGACCCAGAUGUGAUCCUCUGCAAUUCCAUAGAGUUGAUCCGUGAGCGGUUGACUGUAUCUGAGGAUGGACCAAGAAUCGGGCAUCAGGAGGAACAGAAGGAUGACUAUGUGUAUGACAUUUACUAUUUGGAGAUGGCUACUCCAGGAUGGAUUGAGAACAUCCUCUCUGUGCAGCCCUAUAGCCAGGAGUGGGACCUGGUGAAUGAUGACCAGCAGCCAGAAGAUAUUUAUGAAGAUGAUGAUGAUGAGAACAGUGAGAAUAACUGGCGUAACGAGUACCCAGAGGAGGAGAACAGUGAUGAAGAUGAAGAGUCCAGAGGCUCUGAUGAAUAUGACAGCUUCACUGAAGAGGAAAGAGGCAACAGCAGACCACAAAUGUGGAGCAAAUACCCUUUGGAUGUGCAGAAGGAGUUUGGCUAUGACAGCCCCCAUGACCUGGAUUCAGACUGAUGAUCCUAUGGUAUCUGUGAAGUUCAAUCAUGUGCCCUUGAGGGCUCUGACUGUAGUUUCAUCCACCCUGGUAACAUCCUUGGGUUUUCUAGCUUAACAUAUAAAAGGAAAAAGCAUGUCCAAUAGCAGCAUCCUACCAGUGAAAACGUGCCCUAAAGGAUUGUCUUUUUCAGUAAGAGUACGGCCCCUUUGCUUCAAGACUCUACAGUCUGAUCGGGGGAAAUGCCAUAAAAAAGAAGCUUCCUAGUCUGGGGAUUUUCCCAUUCUCUUCCUGUCCUAAAGCCAAUAUGUAGAAGAGAAGCUCCUCUUUCCCUCAGCACUAAGAUUUAGCUUUCCCAUACCACCAGGCCACUGCCUCCACUAAAAGUCUGUUUUUUUUUUUGGUGGAAUCCAGAAGGACUACAAUGGGUCCUUUAUAGCAGCACAGACUGGAUAGUGGGGGCCGUUGGAGAGGGAAGUAGGAUCUGCCUGAGCGCUGAGAGAGAGGUUUUAAGUUAAUAGGUUCUCUACCUCCCUGCUUCCUGACUGAUAAUGCUUGUAAAGACUGCUGUCUUCCUUUGGCACUAGUGCCAGGGAGAACAGGAUGUAUGAGUGUGAUACUAUGUGUUUAGUAAAACUUAAAUAUGGGAGCAAGAAAUUCCUGGAAAACUUUUUUUUUUUUUAAGAUUUAUUAGAACAUAAGUACGAGGAAGGCCCAUAGGGAGAGAAGCAAGAGAGCCUCAAGCAGACCCCCCCACUGAGCACAGCCCAAUGCAGGGGGAUCCCAGGACCCUGAAACCAUGACCUUAGCUGAAGUCAGGAGUCAGCCACCUAACCGACUGAACCACCCAGCACCCCUACUUAAAAACUUUAAAUCUGAAUGCCAGGAUCCCUGGGUGGCGCAGUGGUUUGGCGCCUGCCUUUGGCCCAGGGCGCGAUCCUGGAGACCCGGGAUCGAAUCCCACGUCGGGCUCUCGGUGCAUGGGGCCUGCUUCUCCCUCUGCCUAUGUCUCUGCCUCUCUCUCUCUCUCUCUCUGUGACUAUCAUAAAUAAUAAUAAUAACAAAUCUGAAUGCCUUUUUUUUUUUCAAGAUUCUAUGUAUGUAUUUAUGAAUGAAUAAGAGCAUGAGGAGGGAGUAGGGUCAGAGGGAGAAGCAGGUUCUCCACUAAGCUGGGAGCUGGAUACGGGACUUGACUCCAGGAUCAUGACCCAAGCCAAAGUCAGAUGCCUAACCAACUUAGCCACCCAGGCACCCCAAAUCUGAAUGUCUUUACAUGUUUUCCCACUGUACUCCCUCUCUCCUGUCUCCACUCUCCACCAAAAAUGAGAGGCUGAGACAGAAGUUUCAGAAUUACUCUUAGACACAAAGGACUUAAGGAAAGUGAGGUAAAGGAAAACAAAUCCUUUUUUUUUAAGAUUUUAUUUAUUUAUUCAUAGAGAUGCAGAAAGAGAGAGAGAGAGAGAGAGAGGCAGAGACACAGGCAGAGGGAGAAGCAGGCAGGCUCCAUGCAGAGAGCCCGACGUGGGACUCGAUCCAGGGUCUCCAUAUCACGCCCUGGGCUGCAGGUGGCGCUAAACCGCUGCGCCACCAGGGCUGCACUAAGGAAAACAUAUCCUAAGCUUAGCUUUCCAAUGAGAAAUGUUAACUCUUCACAGCAUUCACUGAAAAUAGUGACCAAUUUUGUUACCAGAACCUCAAUUCCCUAUAAGCAAACCCUGACCCUACUUCUUUUCAUACCACAAAUGUCUUAGAGUUGGCAUUUAUUCUUCUAAUGUAAUAUUGUCCCAAAGAACUCUGUUCAAAGAUGAAUAUGUUCUAUAUCUACACUGUGCAGAGGUAGGCACUAGCCACAUGGGUCUCAGCUCUUGAACUAUGAUUAAUGCACCUGAAGAAUCAAAAUUUUUAUUAGCUACAUGUGGCUAGUAGCUACUAUACUGGGCAGCACAAGUCUACAAAAACAAUACACUGAACCUGUGAUUCAAAAUGUGCCUUCUUGCUGUGUGGCACAGACUCACUAUCACAUCCACAGGGAUAAGUCUUCUCCCCACAUCUUAUAAGUAUCUCUUUUUCUAUCCUGCCCCUACUCUUCCUUUCACUUUGUGUUCAUUUUGUAGGUCUUCACCUAUAUUAGUUCCUAUCUACAUGUUAAACCUACUUGAGUAGUUUAAGUUCUGUAUGUACACAUACUUAGGCUCUACUCUUGUGGCUAGAAAACCAACAGACUAUCCACAAAGGUACAAUUUAGUAUUGCAAGUAACAGGCAGCAACUUAUAUGUCUAAUACUAGUCAUCUUAGUCUCCUGUAGGCAUAGAAACAAAGGAUUAAAAACCACUCCAUGCCAUUUUAAUGUGCUCACUGCUGUUUAUGUACUCAUUAAGGUUUGCAAACAUUAAAGGACUGAAAACUUCA